AUGUAUGGUAGUGCUCGUUCCGUGGGACAGGCCGAGAGCAGCUCCGGCCGUUCCCCCCGCCUGCCCCGCUCCCCCCGCCUGGGCCGGCGGGGCGAAGCGGGCGAUCGACGAAGUCGAGGCGACAUCGUAGGCGGAGGAGGUAUGGGUGUUGGAGGCGGAGGAGGGAAAACCCUCUCCAUGGAGAACAUCCAGUCGCUGAACGCCGCCUACGCGGCCUCGGGCCCCCUGUACAUGAGCGACCACCACCACGAGCGCGACCACCACGCCUCCACCUCCUCCGUCUACCCCAAGGCCACCAUGACGCUGGGCCGCUCCACCAACCGGGCCUCCUACAGCGGCCGCACCACCAUGGGCAGCAGCCCCAACAUCAACAUGAUGGAGCCAGGCUCUUCGGCGUCCCACCACCACUACCGCGACCGAGACAGGGACAGCGACGUCACCAUGCACCUGCACUCCCUCCAGCACCAGGGCGGUGGCGGUGGUGGUGGUGGUGGAGGUGGUGUUACAGGGAGUGGAGGUGGUGCUUCUUCGCCCCUGCUAAGGCAGGCCAUGCGCGGAUCGUCGGGGGGAGCCGACAGCCCCCUUCUGGAUUUUCAGUCGCAGCUGCGGGAGCUGCAGCGGGAGAACGACCUGCUCAGGCAGGAGCUGGACGUGAAGGACAACCAGCUGGGCUCCUCCAUGAACAGCAUCAAGAACUUCUGGAGCCCCGAGCUGAAGAAGGAGAGGGUCCUGAGGAAGGACGAGGCCGGCCGGACCGGGGUGCUGCGGGAGCAGAUGAGGGUCCACCAGGACGAGAACCAGUCACUGGACCCCAGGAGAGCCAAGCACCUGCAGAUGACCAUCCAGGCCCUGCAGGACGAGCUGCGCACCCAGCGCGACCUCAACCAGCUGCUGCAGCAGGAGAGCCGCGCCGCUUCUGGCGCCGCCAGCCCGGACCGCCUGCCGCCCGGCGUGGAGCCCACCGAGGAGAACUUCCAGCGGCUGCAGAUGGAGCACGACCGGCAGGCCAAGGAGCUGUUCCUCCUGCGCAAGACCCUGGAGGAGAUGGAGCUGCGCAUCGGCAGCCAGAAGCAGACGCUGUCCUCCCGCGACGAGUCCAUCAAGAAGCUGCUGGAGAUGCUCCAGAGUAAAGGGCUGGGGGAGGGCGACGGUGGUGGUGGUGGGCUGCGGACGUCUACCAGGAGGUCCAUGGACGCUGAGGACCAGCUGGGGCAGCUGGAGGUGCUGCUGGAUCAGAGGGAGAAGGAGAACCAGCACCUGAGAGAGGAGCUGCACCGGCGCAACCAGCUGUCCACCGACCCCACCAAGACCAAGGCCCUGCAGACCGUCAUCGACAUGAAGGAUACCAAGAUUUCCUCCCUGGAGCGCAAUAUCCGCGACCUGGAGGACGAGAUCCAGACCCUGAAGACCAACGGCCUGCUGCACCCCAACGGUGCCGAGGCUGACGACUUCAAGCACUCGCAGGCCGACCUCUACUCCAAGAGCCAGUCCAGGUUCAUGAAGAACAAGAUUGACCAGCUGAAGCAGGAGCUGUCUAAGAAGGAGAGCGAGCUGCUGGCCCUGCAGACCCAGCUGGAGACGCUGACCAACCAGAACUCGGACUCCAAGCAGCACAUCGAGGUGCUGAAGGAGUCGCUCACCGCCAAGGAGCAGAGGGCCAACAUCCUGCAGACAGAGGUGGACGCGCUGCGUCUGCGUCUGGAGGAGAAGGAGUCCUUCCUGAACAAGAAGAGCAAGCAGCUGCAGGAGGUGACGGAGGAGAAGGGCACCCUGAGCGGGGAGAUCCACGACAUGAAGGACAUGCUGGACGUCAAGGAGCGCAAGGUCAACGUGCUGCAGAAGAAGAUUGAGAACCUGCAGGAGCAGUUGAGGGACAAGGAGAAGCAGCUGGGCAGCCUGAGAGAGCGGGUCAAGUCCCUGCAGACGGACUCCAGCAACACAGACACAGCCUUGACCACACUGGAGGAGGCCUUGUCCGAGAAGGAGCGCAUCAUCGAGAGGCUAAAGGAGCAGCGAGAGAGGGACGACCGGGAGAAGCUGGACGAAGUGGAGAACUUCAAACGCGAGAACAAGGAGCUCAAGGACAAACUGGCCUCCCUGCAGAGCCAGCUCACCAACAAGGAGUCGUCUCUAAUCGAUCUGAAAGAGCAGGCGUCUUCACUGUCCUCAGAGGGCCUGAAAAAGGACUCCAGACUGAAAAGCCUGGAGCUGGCCGUAGAGCAAAAGACGGAGGAGUGUAGUAAGCUGGAGAGCCAGCUGCAGAAGGCCUUGGAGGUGGAUGACCCGUCGCGGCGUGCCCCCGAGGUGUCGGAGCGCGUGAAGGCCCUGGAGAAGGAGGUGGCCCAGCACAAGGAGGAGUCGGGGAAGAGCCAGGCGGAGGUGGAGAGGCUGCUGGGGCUCCUCCGGGACCUGGAGGCCGAGCGCGCAGACAAGGACGUCAGGCUCACCGAGCUGGAGAGGCAAGCCAAGCUGCCAAAUUUGAAAGGUCCUCAGCCUACUCAGAAGAAGGAUGGACUGCCAGAUGGGGCCCCACCUCCCCAGCUGCAUCAGGGUGGUGCGCGGGAGACGGCCGAGCGCAUCAGGGAGCUGGAGCGGCAGCUGAAGGACAGCAUGAACACCUCCGCCCACAGGGAGGCGCUGUGGGCCCAGGAGGAGCAGGCACGCAACGCAGCACAGGGACAGCUAGAGGAGCUGAUGGCUGCUCUGGAUAAGACCAGGCAGGAGCUGGACAUCACCAAGCAGCGGCUGUCCACUACCCAGAGUUCCUUGGCGGAGCGCGACGGCCACCUGAACAACAUGCGGCAGGAGCGCAGGAAACAGCUGGAGGAGAUCUUGGAGAUGAAGCAGCAAGCCCUGUUGGCAGCCAUUAGUGAGAAGGAUGCGAACAUCGCCCUGUUGGAGCUCUCAGGCUCCAAGAAGAAGAAGAGCCAGGAGGAGGUGAUGGCACUGAAGAGGGAGAAGGACCGCCUCAUGCACCAACUCAAACAGCAGCAGACACAGAGCAGGAUGAAGCUCAUUGCUGACAACUACGAUGACGGCCACCAUCCUCCCCACCCUCACCCUCAUCAUCCUCCGCACCACCCAGGACAUCCUGGUCACCACAGGGGCCCACCGCGAGGUCCUGCCCAGCCAGCCGUCAACCACCGACCCUCCCCAGACCAGGGAACUCCCAGUGCUGUGCUCCCACCCUCCCCUCCCCCAAACCCCUCUCCACCCUCCAGCCUUCCCCAAAUGCCACCACCUCGUCUCAACCCUCCCUUCCACGCCCACCCCCAAGCCACCCACUACCAAUGGGUGAUUGCAUAUGCCCGGGUAAUGCCACCCACCACACUCCAUGACACCAUGCUGGCCCACUCACCAGCUGUGCCACAGCCAGAGCCCAAGCCCCCUAAUGCCAGUGCUGUGGUGUGGCAUGGCGUAGUGUGGCAUUGGUGCCCUGUGCCAGUCAACUCAAGCUGUGCCAGUGCCAGUGGUGUCAUAUCAUGUGUCACCGGCAUUCCAGCGUGGCUGGGGGUGGGCAGCCCCGCGCUGUCACAUCACGUCACGUCGCGUCACUCACCCCGCCAGACCCCGCAGGGCACGACAGGGCCCGAUAGCGCUAAGUGCCUCCACCCACAAGGACCUGACAGCUUCCAGUGCCUUCUGUCACUCACGGCUUGCCGUCCUUGA